GAUGGUUACGACGGGGAAUAACAUGCCAUAUAGAAACUACUAGCUGAACUACAGCUAAUCAUUUACUGGAGACGUCACUGUCAUAUCCGCCAGAGCAACAGUUAACGGCAGGUUUUCCUACCUGUUCAUGCUUCUGUCGUUGCGCUAUUGCUCUGUUAAAAGAAAGAUCGAUUUCGAGCAACAAAAUAUGAAACGAAUUUGAGAUUUAGUAAUCAAGUUAUAAUCCAAACGCUUGGGCAGAGUGAAGUGGAUAUACACCGACUUAAUUGGCAGUGUGUUUCAGUUUGAUUUUUUCCCUCCUUUCGGCUGGACUGUGUCUAAUUGGGUUUAUCAACAUUUUUGUUCUCGUCUGUGUGGAGUAGCGUAGGCCUACUACAGAUAAUUGACAGAUAACCUACUUACAAACCCUGGAUAUACACACUAUGGGAUUUGGACCACUGAGGAUUGGAUUUGUUGCUCUGUUGGUUCAGACGGUCUGUUUCAGAUGCAGUGCAGAGGAACAGCAGUGCUUGCCUGGACCCCUUCUCCAGGACUACACUUUCAGAGUGGCUCAGAGGAACCUGCAGAAGGACCAGGUGGUGGGGAAAGUGCCUGUGUCUGGCUGUGAGCAGGGCAAGGCAUUGCGCCUGAACUCAACUGACGGGAGGCUGGUGGUGGAGGGAGACGGAACGCUGAGGGUCAGAAACACCCUGAGACUUCCCGCCCGACGCCACACCCUCUCACUCUUCACUUCCGGGUCAGGAGCCGACAAGCGCUCUGUGCAGAUAUCUCUGCAGUAUGACCCCCUCAGCCAACCACACAAACAAACGGACAUGGCUCCCGCUCCACUUAUACUGCACUUCCCCCACUCCUCCUCAGGGCUGCACAGGAGAAAGCGUGACUGGAUCAUACCUCCCAUCAGUGUCACAGAGAACUACAAAGGACCAUUCCCUCACAGGAUAGUCCAGAUUGAGUCCAGUCUGAAGAAAGAGACUGACAUUGUGUACAGCCUCACUGGUCCAGGAGCUGACAAGGAUCCUAAGGGCCUCUUUACAAUCCAUCAUAUAAGCGGCUGGAUCGAGGUCACACAGGGACUGGACAGGGAAAAGCAAGAUAAAUACAACCUCACGGCCAGGGCAGAUGUUCGGGGUAGACCGGAUAUUUCAGAAGAACCUGCAGCAAUCAUAGUCAUCGUCAUCGACCAGAACGACAACUCACCAGAGUUUACUCAGGGCACCUAUGAGGCCACGGUACAAGAGGCUGCUGUCGCAGGUGAAGCGAGAGUACCUCUCUGUUAG